CUCCGUGUGCAGCCUGGUUGCUCUUAGCAUUAGCUUCCUGGCUGCAUUGUCUGCUGUCUUUCUGCAGAUAAACCUCUUCAGUUUUUGUGAUGUUUGGCUGAAGACGCACACCUUUUCCCGUCAAACAUGGCGCUUUCGAUGGAAACGCAGCUGCAAAGCAUCUUUGAGGAUGUUGUGAAAACUGAGAUGAUAGAAGAGGCCUUUGCUGGGAUGUUUAUGGACACUCCAGAAGAUGAAAGGACGAAGUUGAUCAGUUGUCUCGGGGCAUUCAGACAAUACUGGGGAACUCUACCACAGGAUUCCCAUGAACAGUGUGUUCAGUGGAUAGUGCGCUUCAUACACAGCCAGCACAGUCCAAAGAGAAUCUCCUUCCUGUACGACUGUCUGGCGAUGGCUGUGGAGACCAGUUUGUUGCCACCCAGGAUGGUCUGUGGAGCUCUGUUGAGCUCAGACAGUCUGGAGUGGGAGCGAACACAGUUGUGGGCGUUAACUUUCAGACUAAUCCGCAAGAUCAUCGGCGGAGUGGACUACAAGGGAGUCCGUGACCUGCUGAAAGCUGUGCUGGACAAAAUUCAGACUAUUCCCACAACUGUGAGCUCAGCUAUAGUCCAGCAGCUUCUGGCUGCCAGAGAGGUGGUUGAAUACAUCCUGGACAGAAAUGCCUGUCUCCUGCCAGCCUAUCUUGCUGUUACAGAAAUCAGAAAAAUGUAUCCUGAAGGACAUCUGUCCCACUGGCUGUUAGGCAGUUUGAUAUCAGACUUUGUGGACAGUUUCAGACCCACGGCCAGAAUCAACUCUAUCUGUGGACGAUGCAGUCUGCUACCUGUAGUGAACAACAGCGGGGCCAUCUGCAACUCCUGGAAAUUAGACCCCACGACUCUCCACUUCCCUCUGAAAGGCAUGCUGCCUUUCGACAAGGACCUGUUUGAACCGCAGACGGGUCUACUGCGCUACGUGCUCGAACAGCCGUACUCUAGAGAGAUGGUGUGCAACAUGUUAGGCCUCAACAAACAGACUCUGAACAUUUCCCAGCAAAAGCAGCGCUGCCCGGUGCUGGAGGAGCAGCUGGUGGACCUGGUGGUCUACGCCAUGGAGCGCUCCGAGACCGAGGAGCACUUCGACGCCGACAUCGGAGGAACCAGCCAGCUGCUGUGGCAGCACCUGUCCUCCCAGCUCAUCUUCUUUGUGUUGUUUCAGUUUGCGAGCUUCCCUCACAUGGUGCUGUCGCUACACCAGAAGCUUGCAAGUCGAGGUCUUAUCAAAGGGAGAGAUCAUCUGAUGUGGGUCCUGCUCCAGUUCAUAUCAGGAAGUAUUCAGAAGAAUGCCUUAGCCGACUUCCUGCCUGUCAUGAAGCUUUUUGACCUGCUUUACCCAGAAAAAGAGUGCAUUCCAGUUCCUGACAUUAACAAACCACAGUCGACUCAUUCUUUUGCCAUGACCUGCAUCUGGAUCCACCUCAAUCGCAAAGCUCACAGCGACACCAAGCUCCAGAUUCCCAUACCACACUCUCUCAAACUCCACCACGAAUUUCUUCAGCAGUCACUGCGGAACAAGUCGCUGGGCAUGUCCGACUAUAAGAUUGCGCUGCUGUGCAACGCCUACAGCACCAACUCCGAGUGCUUCAACCUGCCCAUGGGCGUGCUGGUCGAGACCAUCUGUGGAAACGGAGCCAUGAGGAUCAACCUGCCCGGCACCAACUGUGUGGCGUCAGGGUCCGUCACCCCUCUGCCCAUGAACCUGCUGGACUCUCUCACCGUGCACGCGAAGAUGAGUCUGAUCCACAGCAUCGCCACACGUGUGAUCAAGUUGGCCCACGCCAAGUCCAGCAACGCUCUCGCUCCCGCGCUGGUGGAAACAUACAGCCGGCUGCUGGUCUACAUGGAAAUCGAGUCUCUGGGCAUCAAAGGAUUCAUCAGCCAGCUGCUGCCCAACGUCUUCAAGUGUCACGCUUGGGGGAUCCUCCACACGCUGCUGGAGAUGUUCAGCUACAGGAUGCACCACAUCCAGCCGCACUACCGGGUCCAGCUGCUGAGUCACCUCCACAGCCUGGCCGCCGUUCCUCUGACCAACCAGAACCAGCUCCAUCUCUGCGUUGAGAGCACCGCUCUGCGGUUGAUCACCGCUCUGGGCAGUUCUGAGGUGCAGCCGCAGUUCACCCGCUUCCUCAACGACCCGAAGACGGUCCUGUCGGCCGAGUCCGAGGAGCUGAACCGCGCCCUGAUCCUCACCCUGGCCAGAGCCACACAUGUCACCGACUUUUUCACAGGCUCGGACUCCAUCCACGGUACCUGGUGUAAAGACAUCCUUCAGACCAUCAUGAACUUCACUCCUCAUAACUGGGCUUCACACACUCUGUCCUGCUUCCCUGCUCCGCUGCAGGCGUUCUUCAAGCAGAACAAUGUUCCUCAGGAGUCUCGUUUCAACCUGAAAAAGAACGUGGAAGAGGAGUACAGGAAGUGGAAGUCGAUGGCCAACGAGAACGACAUCAUUACCCACUUCUCCCUGCAGGGCUCCCCGCCGCUCUUCCUCUGUCUGCUGUGGAAGAUGCUGCUGGAGACGGACCACAUCAACCAGAUCGGCUUCAGGGUUUUGGAACGCAUCGGGGCUCGUGCACUGGUGGCUCACGUGCGCACGUUCGCGGACUUCCUCGUCUACGAGUUCUCGACCUCAGCCGGCGGGCAGCAGCUCAACAAGUGCAUCGAAAUACUGAACGACAUGGUCUGGAAAUACAACAUCGUCACACUGGAUCGGCUGAUUUUGUGUCUGGCGAUGCGAAGCCAUGAUGGAAAUGAGGCUCAGGUUUGCUACUUCAUAAUCCAGCUGCUGCUGCUGAAGCCCAGCGACUUCAGGAACAGAGUCAACGACUUCGUCAAGGAGAACGCUCCCGAGCACUGGCUGCAGAGCGACUGGCACAACAAGCACAUGAACUACCACAAGAAAUACCCAGAGAAGUUGUACUUCGAGGGUCUGGCAGACCAGGUCAACCCACCCUUGCAGCUGCAGCCUCAGUACCUGCCCAUUUACUUUGGCAACGUGUGCCUGCGCUUCCUGCCGGUCUUCGACAUCGUCAUCCACCGCUUCCUGGAGCUUCUCCCCGUCUCCAAGUCUCUGGAAACACUGCUGGAUCAUCUGGGAGGACUUUACAAGUUCCACGACCGCCCAGUGACCUACCUGUACAACACUCUGCACUACUACGAGCGACAUCUCCGAGACAGAACCAACCUGAAGAGGAAGCUGGUUCAUGCCAUCAUGUCUUCACUGAAGGACAAUCGUACCCCGGGCUGGUGUCUGAGUGAGACCUAUCUCAAGUUUGGGAUGAACGCCAGAGAGGACAACAUGUGGAUCCCUGACGACACCUACUACUGCAAACUGAUUGGCCGCUUGGUGGACACCAUGGCUGGAAAGUCGCCCGGCCCUUUCCCCAACUGCGACUGGAGGUUCAACGAGUUUCCCAACCCGGCGGCUCACGCGCUGCACGUCACCUGCGUGGAGCUGAUGGCCUUGGCGCUGCCGGGGAAAGACGUUGGCAACGCUCUGCUCAACGUCGUGCUGAAAAGUCAACCCCUGGUUCCCAGAGAAAACAUCACAGCGUGGAUGAACGCCAUCGGCCUCGUCAUCACGGCACUUCCUGAGCCCUACUGGAUCGUCCUCCACGACCGCAUCGUGUCUGUGAUCAGCUCUCCGGCGCUGACGUCGGAGACGGAGUGGGCAGGCUACCCCUUCGCCCUGCUGGACUUCACCGCCUGCCACCAGAGCUACAGUGAAAUGAACUGCAGCUACGUCCUGGCUCUGGCGCACGCCGUGUGGCACCACUCCUCCAUUGGACAGCUGUCUCUCAUUCCCAAAUUCCUCUCAGAGACUCUGAAGCCCGUCGUCAAGACGGAGUUCCAGCUGCUCUACGUCUAUCACCUGGUGGGGCCGUUCCUGCAGCGCUUCCAGCAAGAGAGGACGCGAUGCAUGCUGGAGAUCGCUGUGGCGUUCUAUGAGAUGCUCCUCAUGGUCGAUCAGCACUGCCAACAUCUCAGCUACAUGGAUCCCAUCUGCGACUUCCUCUAUCACAUCAAGUACAUGUACACAGGAGACAGUGUGAAGGAGCAGGUGGAGAAAAUCAUCAUGGCGCUGCGGCCGGCCAUGAAGCUGCGGCUCCGCUUCAUCACGCACAGCAGCAUCACCGACUCUUCAUCAUCGUCGUCAUCAGCGGCCGCUGCUGCCGCCGCCGCAGCCGCUGCCGCUGCCGCCGCCGCCGCCACCGCCGCCGCCUCCUCCGCGUCCUCCGUCCCCUCCUCCUCGUCUUCGUCCGGCACCCCCCAGCCCCCUCCCACAUCGCUGUCCUCCUCCGCCGCGGCCGCCUCGCCCUCCUCCUCGCAGCACUCGCACACGCCCAUGUAGACGGUCCGAGCCUGAAACGUCACGCUACUUGCUCUUUGGACUCGGGUGGUUUGGUGUGUUAUAGCUUCAGAAAAGGUGGAACUAGUUUAACUGUACGCAAAAAAAAAAGUUUCCAAAACUGGCUGUGAUUAGACCCAGGAUGUAAUUGAUCUGGAAGAGAA